AUGGAAGGUGUCUUAUGGAAAUGGACCAAUUAUUGGAAUGGUUGGCAAACUAGAUGGUUUGUUCUGGAGAACGGCAUUUUAUCUUAUUAUAAAUCGCAAGAGGAAGUAAUUCAAGGGUGUAAAGGAUCAGUGAAAGUAACAGUUUGUCAGAUAAAUGUGAACAGCAUUGAUAAUACUCGUCUAGACUUGGUUAUACCUGGUCAACAGCAUAUGUAUUUACGAGCACCCUCACCUCAAGACAGGCAAAAAUGGCUUGUUGCACUGGGUAGUGCUAAAGCAUGUGUGGACUCAAAAAUUGAUGUUAUUGCUGCUGGCUUUGAUAACUCUUUAGGACACAAAAAAUCUGAGUUGAGACUGUACUGUGACUUGAUGAUGCAGCAGGUGCAUGCUAUAAAGAGUGCAGCUUCUAAGGAAAAUCCUGAAACUGAAAAAAUUGAAGAGGCAUCUAGUCUUUUAACAGCAACAUGCGACACAUUCAUUAGAACAUUAGAAGAUAUUAUGAAAUUAACUAAUCCUAGUAGCACCGGAGGAAAUGCAGCAUCAUAUGAAAUGUCCAUACCAAACAUAAAUAAAACAAAUAGUUGUAAUAAAUUACAAAACACCACAAAAAAUGCAAAGAUAAGUUUGAACAGAUCAUUAUCACAAGAAAAUAGA